AUGGCUGCUCAGCUUGAGCAUCUCGCCCGUGGCGUUGCGGCCAUACUUUGCCUGCUGAUUUUCCAUGUUGCAUUUUCUGAUUUCCGUGCUCAGGCAAGGAUGUCAGGUGGGAAUGGAACCUGCAUCAGCAUGGAACGGGAUGCGCUUCUAUCCUUCAAGACAGGCCUUCUGGACCCUGUUCGCCGUCUCUUAUCAUGGCAGGGCAAAGAAUGCUGCCAGUGGGAGGGAGUCCGGUGCAGCAGCAGAACAGGUCAUGUCAUAAAGCUCGAUCUCCGCAACACCUACAUGCCUGACUAUGAUGCCGUCAUUUAUGGCCACGCCAGGCUCAACAGCCAGAGCUUGUUCAUAGAUGAGAUGAGCUCCUCUUUAGCUGUUUUGCAACAAUUGAGGUAUCUUGAUCUGAGUGGGAAUGACUUCAACGGCACUACCAUACCUUUGUUCGUGGCCUCUCUGGAGAACUUAAGGUACCUCAAUCUCUCGUGGUCAGGUUUCGGUGGGAGAAUACCUUCCCAACUCAGUAAUCUCUCAAACUUGGAAUAUCUUGAUAUUAGUGGGAAUUAUCAGCAUGAUGAUAUGGGUGACAAUUAUUUAUAUGGUCUACACACAGUGGAUCUUGCAUGGUUUAAGCAUCUCCCAUUGUUGAGUAAUCUUGACAUGAGCGAUGUGGACCUCAGCCAUGUGCAGGAUUGGGUUUACCUGGUUAACAUGCAUUCUUCUCUGAGAGUGCUUCGCUUGGCAGAUUGUGGCCUUACCAGCACAAUGUCAGUUACUUCAAGAUCAAACCUCCCACAUCUCCAAGUCCUCGAUCUGUCUGGCAACUUGUUUAACACAACACUAGAGCACUACUGGUUUUGGGAUCUCAUCGGCCUUAAAAAGCUUCACCUAGGUGCCUGCGAUUGGCAUGGACCUAUUCCUGAAGAACUGGGAAACAUGACGUCCCUUCAAGUCAUAGAUUUAGGUUUAAAUUAUCUUGUGGGAUUGAUACCGAGCAACUUACAAAAUUUAUGCAAAUUGAAAGUGUUGAAUUUUGAGUAUAACAACAUUAAUGCAAGCAUAGAGGAGUUCAUGCAUCGAUUGCCAAGUCAAAACAUGAUAACUGGUACUAUGCCAAUGGGAGUUGGAGCACUUGGUAACUUGACAGUGUUAGAACUCGGUGACAAUAAACUCGAGGGCGUGCUCACAAAGGACCAUUUGUCAGGCUUACAGAAUUUAGAGUAUCUGGACUUGUCGCACAACUCGUUCAAAAUGCAUAUUGAUCCGGAUUGGCUUCCUCCCUUCAGACUAAAGAGCAUAAACUUAGAGUCAUGCACAGUGGGGCCCCGUUUUCCAGAGUGGCUUAGAUGGCAGACGAACAUUGAAUCUCUUUGUCUCGCAAAUACAAGUUUGGAUGAUGUUAUUCCUGAUUGGUUUUGGAUGACGUUUUCCCAAGCUUGGUUCUUGGAUGCAUCAGGAAACAUGUUGCAUGGUUCAUUACCGUCAAAUCUACAACACAUGCCAACUGAAUCUCUGUCUCUUGGGUGCAAUAACCUUACAGGUCUAGUACCACGUCUCCUCCCUAUAAAUAUAUCAAAAUUGCAUCUGUCUUCAAACUCUUUCUCAGGGUCAUUGCCAUUAGAGCUAAAAGCUCCAUUACUUAAGGAUUUAUCGCUAGCAAAUAAUCAAAUUAUAGGCAUCAUUCCAUCAUCUAUGUGCCAAUUGACUAGUUUAAUGUGGUUGGACCUAUCGGGAAACAAUUUAACAGGAGAUGUUAUGAAGUGUUGGAAUGAGUCUGAUAAGAAUUUUCCAGGGCUCAGUGCAAACUCUACAAAUCAGUUUGGUUCUAGCAUGCGUAGUCUAGCCUUGAAAAACAAUGAUCUCUCGGGUGAAUUUCCUAAAUUUCUUCAGAGUGCCUCGCAGUUGACAUUCCUUGAUCUUUCAUACAAUAGGUUCUCUGGAACAUUGCCAAAGUGGUUGCCAGAAAAAAUUCCAUAUUUGAAUAUCUUAAGGAUGAGAUCAAACAUGUUCAGUGGCCAUAUUCCUAAGAACCUUACUUUUCUUGGAAAUCUUCACUAUUUGGACAUGGCAAAUAACAAUAUAUCAGGCAGUAUACCAUGGUCACUAUCAAGCUUGAAAGCCAUGAGGACCGACAUAUCUUGGAAUAUGGUUCUAAAAGAUUUUCUUGAGGAGAGCAUGCCGGUCAUCACAAAAGGCCAGACACGUGAAUAUACCCCUGAAAUCUACAGUCUACUGGUUAAUCUUGAUCUUUCAUGUAAUAGUUUAACAGGUCAGAUUCCUGAGGAGAUAAGUUUGCUCAUUGGGCUCACUGGUCUGAACUUAUCUAGUAAUCAAUUGGUCGGCAAAAUUCCAAAUCAGAUUGGCGAUCUGAAGUGGUUAGAGUCCCUCGACCUAUCCUACAAUGACAUAUCUGGUGAAAUCCCAACAAGUUUGUCGGCUCUGACCUCUUUGAGCCACCUGAACCUGUCAUACAACAACUUAUCAGGCACGGUACCAUCCGGGCAACAGCUGCAGGUUCUCGACAACCUGAACUAUACCUACAUCGGCAACCCUGGUCUAUGUGGCUACCCUCUCUCAAAGAACUGCUCUGCUAGUCCUACUGAUGCGGAGCAAAGUGCUGACCAUGAAGUUGCAGAUCAUAUCUCAUAUCUCUAUCUUGGGAUGGGCAUAGGAUUUGUGGUUGGCCUUUGGGUGGUGUUCUGCGCCAUGUUACUGAGGAGAACCUGGGCGGUUGCCUACUUUCAGGUCAUUGACAAGCUGUAUGAUGAGGUUUAUGUGUGGGUCGCUAUAGCUUGGUCUCGCCUGAUGAAGAAUACCCACGGCGACGAAGAAGCGUGAGGAGCCCGCUUCAUGCUGCAGUUGAACUGCUCAAGACCUGUAUGUUAGUACUUUGUAAUUUGGAG